AUGCCCGGUUCAUUCUCAUGCGGUGUGGCGUUCACACAGCUGUGGCUGACUCUCCUGGUUGUGACCCCUGUCAAUGGACAACAUGAAGCUGUACUCCAGUCUGUGGUUUCCCUUCAGCCUUCAUGGACCACUUUCUUUCAAGGAGAGAAAGUCACUCUGUCUUGUUAUGGAUUUGGCUUCUACUUACCCCAGAAAAUAAAAUGGUACUGGAAAAAGAAAACACAGACGCAAUUACAAAGCACGUCUACAUCUACCUUAAAGGUCCGUGAGUCCGGAGAGUACUGGUGCCAAGCCGACAACUUCCUUCCAAGCAUGCACGUGCACUUAGACUUUCGUCGAGAUUCUCCGGUGCUGCAAGCUCCCCCUGCUGUGUUCGAAGGAGACUCUGUGGUUCUGAGGUGCCACACAAAGGAAGACAUAGCAGCAGAGAGCCUGAAAUUUUACAAGAAUGAUAAAGCUCUGGAAUUAUCUGGUCCAAGUUCUGAGCUCCAUAUUCGUCAUGCAAAUCUGAAGGACAACGGUCAAUACAAGUGCACUAAGAAUUGGCGUUUCUGGACUAUCCCUUCCAAUACGGUCAGAGUUCAAGUCCAAGAGCUGCUCCCACGGCGGCCUGUGCUGAUGGCCACACCCUCCCAGCCCAUAGAUGGAAGCCCAGUGACCCUGACCUGUCAGAUCCAGCUCCCUGCACAGAGGUCAAAUGUCCAGCUCCAGUUCUGUUUCUUGAAAAACCUCCAGGCUCUGGAAUCAGGCUGCAGCAACUCCUCAGAGUUUCACAUUCCUGCUAUAUGGACUGAAGAACCAACAUGGUACCAGUGCAGGGCAGAAACAGUGAAUUCCCAAACUAGAAAACAAAGUACAGCGUUAAAAAUUCCAGUGCAGAGAGCUCUUGCUGACUUCCAAACAUACAUCACGCCAGCCUCAAAAUUGGUGUACGAAGGGCAGUCACUGUUACUCAACUGCUCAGUAAAUGGAGUCCCAGGGCCCCUCAAAAUCUCCUGGUACAAAAGGGACAUGCUGAAUAAAAAAGCAAAUAUUCCAAAGUCCUCAGGAGCAGAAUUCAAGAUCUCCAAGGUGAACAUCAGCGACGCAGGGGAGUAUUACUGUGAGGCUAAAAACAGUCGCCGACGUUUUGUCAGCCGGGCAGUUCCCAUCACCAUAAAAGUCCCAGUAUCUCAACCAGUUCUCACCCUAAGUAGUGGGAAGACUCAGGCCCUUGAGGGAGACUUGAUGACACUUCAUUGUAUAUCCCAGAGGGGCUCUCCAUAUAUCCUGUAUGAGUUCUACCAUGAGAAUGUCUCCCUGGGGAACAGCUCUACACUCUCAGGAGGAGGAGGAGGAGCAUCCUUCAACUUCUCGAUGAGCACAGAGAGAUCUGGAAACUACCACUGCACAGCAGACAAUGGCCUGGGAGCCCAGAACAGUGAGGCUAUUUGGAUCUCUGUUGCUGACAUGACCAACAACAGAAGUGUUCCUGUGAUUGCCGGUAUCACUGUGGGACUGCUCAUCACAGCUGUUGGAGUGUUUCUGUCAUAUUGCUGGUUCUCUAGACAAGCAGGGGGAAAGCCUGCCUCUGAUGAGUCCAGGAGUCCUUCAGAUGCAGAACCCCAGGAGCCCACCUAUUACAACAUCCCAGCCUGUAUAGAACUGCAGCCAGUGUACAGCAAUGACCCUAAAGAAGCCGUGAUUUACACGGAAAUACGGAGAACUCAACCGAAACCGAAACGUGCAGUUAAGGAGUCUGAAAGCCCAAGAUCAAGGUGCCAGAUGGCUGAGAAAAACUAG